CAUCAAAUGAGCUGUAUGCAAAGUGUAAACGCAUUACUUAAUACUAUCUAUUUUUAACAUUUUUGAUCUUCUUAUAUAGUAUUUUUAAUUAUCAUUUUACGGUUCCAUGAUAAUUUUAAAGCAGUGAACUCUGUACUAGAAAUCUUUCCCUAAGAAAGCUGAUGGGGAGCGAAUUUUAGAAAUUCCUCUUCGAUAUUUCCGCGGAAUUUAACUUGUAUCCCCUCACGCUAGAAUCUAGGGCUUUGUUGCUACGUUUCAAGUGCUGAAGGAUGGUCAGUGAUACCCGAACUUCCAGAAAUAGCAAGGACGAAGGAUAUGGUCCUAAUUUAAAUUGGAAAGCGGCUUUAAGAAAGGAGGCGCCCAUGCGAAGCUUGGGAGAAUCUCAAGGUUCAGGUGCAAGAAGAUCAGCUAGAGAAGCAUCAGAUUCCCCCAUACAAAUGGCGCCAAGUCCUCACAGCAUGCAGAAAUCCCAGCGUCUUGAGGAGGGGACCCCGCCUUCUACUCCUUCAACAAAGCGGAAAUCCGAGAGACUGGAAAAGAGUAACACUCCAAGCCCUGUCAGAGAUGUGAGGAGGUCCAUCAGGAGUAAGAACGAACUUUCACCUGAUGAUUCUUCUGGGUCAAGUAAAUCUGCAGAAAGAUUUAGUCCGCUGGACUCGAAGAGAAAGAAGCAGAAGAACUUGAUUCAGGUGACACUGGAAUCUGAAAAGGCCGAAAUCGACCCGGAAGUCGGCACGAAGAGAAAGAAGAUGAAUGCUCGGUCUUUCAUGGCCAUGUUCAAAAGGCAGCGCAUCAAGAUUGCGUCGGAUGGUGAUGGGGUGCUGGAAGGACGGGAUAAAUUGUCUAAUGUUUACAGUGACAAUAACGACGGCAUUGGCUUGGAACGGAUGGGAAAUGGAGCGGUUAAUACUGAUAAGAGCAGUAGAAGGGUAGUGGGUGAUUCGAGAGAUCCAAUCAUUGAUAUCGAUAAAGCUUCUGGUGGACCUCUUCAGAAGUCAUGUCCAAAAGACCAUUAUGAAGACAUCCAAGAUAAUGUCAAUAUGGCUUCUAGCCGUAGGGACAAUGUUCUGGAUGAACCUUUGUCAAAUCGUUCCACUACUAUUUUGAGUUUCAGAGAAACGUACGUUUGUCCAAAAAGAUUGCCGACAAAUCGUUCUUCUGAGAAUAGGGAUGCUUCCAAAUCCGAAAAUUCAACUUGCUUGGGGAAAACAGGAGAUGAUUCUGAAUGUUCCAGUAUUGAUAAGAGAAGCACACAAUUGAAAGAGGAUAAUCCUUCACCAUCACCUACUCUGGACACUCUUGUCCUCUGCUCUGAGAUCAAAAGGUCUGAAGGCAUGUCAGGGGGAAGAAGUGUAUCAUCUGAUGAGCAGACAGCUCUCGACAGUUCUUUGCAAGAGCUAUGCCGAGUUCUUAAAUUUUCGGAGGAUGUCAUUAUUAAAGCAUCGAGAUUUUUGGAAUAUGUCAUCAAAAAUAAGAAAGUCAACAGUGACUCACAAUCACUCGUGCAGGCUCUUCAAAUUUCUCUGUGUUGGAUUGUCACGAAAACAAAGAUUGACAAGAAGGAAUCUCUCAUGCUAGCCAAAGAGCAUCUAAGCUAUCAAUGCACUGAAGAACAAGCGCGUUCGGUUUAUUUAAUCCUCAAGAAGAUGUAUUCCAAGUACAAAAAUAAAAUCAUCAACUCAGAACGAUACUUCGCUGUGGAAAGCAUCAAUAAGGAGGAAAUUGCUGCUGCAGGAAACACCAGGAAAUUGCAGAGAAAGAUUAGAAAGCGUAGGAAGAGACUUAUACGGGGUCAUGAACUAGAGCUUCAGGAGUUACAUGAGAAGUGGGACAAGGAAAAGAUAAAACUCGAGACGGAUCACAAACUGGAGUCGGCUUUUAUUCGAACCGUGCACGGUCAGAGCGUGAUAGGGAUGGACAAACUCAAGCUAUUGAAUUCUGACUUCAACAUGAAAAUGGAGGAGCUCAUUUCGCGAAGGGAUCUAGAGCUUAAAGCUUUGGAGGCACGACAGUUGGAAGAAAUCAAUUUGGUGGAGGCCAAAGCAAAAGCCUACUUGAGUGGCCCAGCUUCUGUUGGUGAGCUGCAGUCGCUUGCUCCUCAACCUGAGGAGCAUGCUGGUGAAGACUUUCAGCCAUGCGGACAAUCUGACGAGGCAAUAGGCUGUGAGACUCGUGUUGAGAAUCCGGAAACUGUUUCUGCUCAAAAUGAAGAUGGGGGGAAUGUUAGUCAACCAAAGCAAACAGGUGAUGAUGACGAAGCCGCCUUUUUGAAUCCACCUGCUUCUGUGGAACGGGUUUCCGAUUCUUUGGUGGAUGAGAGAAACGGGCCUGAUGAGGUCUCCAGUGGGGAUUCACAAGGCCUGAAACUGCAGCUUGUCCAAUCAAAGGAAAAUGCUUCACUGGCAGAUUGUGGCAACACGCCGUCACAGCAAGUGCAACAAGAUACAACGAACCAUAUGGAAAAUCAAACUACUUUGCAGGAUCAACCAGAACCGAUCGACACUGUAAACCCUGUACUACCGAAUCAUGAAGAAGCUCCUAAGGCUGAUGAAUAUGUAAUCCAUGUACCGUCAGAUCACGAAACUGUGACCCGUGAGCCCACGGAUGACGAAACUGUUACCCGUGAGCCUACGGGCACUAAAACUGUGACCUGUGAGCCUACUGAUAAUGAAACUGUGACCAUUGUGCCAACAGGCACUGAAACUUUGACCUGUGAGCCGACGGAUAAUGAAAUUGUGACCCAUGAGCCUACGGGCACUAAAACUGUGACCCGUGAGUCUACUGAUGAAACCGUGACCCGUGAGCCUACUGAUAAUGAAACUCUGACCCAUGUGCCAACGGGAGCUGAAACUGUGACCCGUGAGCCUACUGAUAAUGAAACUGUGAUCCAUAUGCCAACGGGCACUGAAACUGUGGUCCGUGAGCCUACUGAUAAUGAAACUGUGGCCCAUGUCCCAACGGGCACUGAAACUGUGACCUGUGUACCGUCAGAUCAUGAGACUAUGGCUCGAAUACCUUCGGAUCAUGAAACUGCGGCCCGUAUAACGUCAGAUCAGGCAACUGUGGCCCAGUUACCAUCAAAUCCUGGACAAAAUGCUGUAGUAGCAGCUGUUUCUGAGAAUGAUGUAACCACACCCUCCCAGGUAGUGGUGAGUACUGCUGAAUGGUCAAAUGAAGCUUUUUUUCAGCUUGGGUCUGACGCGAGCCAUUCUGAGGGGCCCAACUACCUUGUCCAUCCAAGCCAUCAACUUGCUUACACGAGUUCACCUCCAUCUUCAUCUAUUGACCCACUUCAAAUUGAGAUUGAUAACCUACGUAAAGAAGCUGAACAACUGGAUAAACACCAUAGAGAAUUGGUAUUACGGCUGCAACAUGAUUGUGAGAAGGAGAUCCAGGAGAUCAUUAAUCAAGUUCGAAAUAAGUACAACACAAAGCUUCAGGAGGCUGUGACUGAACUUAGAUCUAAAAGGAAUGAACUUGAGAAGAAUCAGAACAAAGUUGUUAUGAAUAAACUAUUGGCUGCAGCUUUUAGAUCAAAGUACUGGAACCCGAAGUCUACUUUCAUUCCGGGUAUGCGACGUUUAUUUGCAAUGCUUUCUAUUUUCCUCUCCUCAUGGCUAUCAUUUUAUUUCAUUUUUACGUCCCGUCCAGUCCAGGCCGUCCACAACACCGCGGCCCUCUUCUCCGCUCGGCCACCGCUCGUCAUUGGCACCGUCACGCCGUCCUCUUGCGGGGCCCACCGCCCGAGCGGCGGCGGCGAAAUCCGCUCGGCAGCCCCGCACCUCCAGCCCUUCAGGCCACCGCCGCCGCCGUUGGCCUUUGCUAAUCUUCCCGCAUCCGGCAAUAUGUCUCGACCAACAGGUGGCAGUUUGGAGUCGUUUGACCUGGGAAUCAUCCGGAACAUUCCGCAACCGCCUGUUAACCAAGCUGCUGCUGCUGUUGGGGCUGGGAUCGAUGACGUUGGUGAUGAAUUGACGACUGCUAUUGCAUAUUCAUUUGUAACGUACUAUGCGAGUGAAGGUGAAAGAAAAGCAUGCACUGUGACGAAUAAGGUCGUUUCA